UCCAUUUUAUCGUACGUCGUUGUCGCUUGCUGCGACUCGCGCAUUUUUGUCUUUAUUUGACAUUCGUUUACUCGUUUAUUUUUGUGUCAUGUUUAUUAGAGUGAAGGGGAUUUAUGUAGAAAUUAUUUAGGGGAACUUGCGUACAAGUUAUCUCUCACGUCUCUGGUACACAAUGAUCGUAGUGUAAAAAGCUUAAAUAACUGGGAUUUCGAAUCCUUUUUUCGGUAAAGGACAUUUAGUGCUCAACUCCAAUCAUGGUCCAGGAAUACGUAUCACCCGUAAGGGUGCACAAAUACUCGUUCGAGAUGGUGAUGGCUGCAUAUGAAAUGCGGUUCCCGAGCUGUCCUCAGAUACCGGUGGUAAUUGAAUGCGUGAUCACCGAGGACAGCUGGUCCGCAGACGAUUCGCAACGCCACACGACCAGGCGGUGCCAGCUGAAUGUUGAUGCGCCAUAUUUGUUGAAGAAGAUGAUCGGUGUCGAUUAUGUCUACUUCAUUCAGAAGAAUCACCUGGACCUCAAGAAUAGAGUGCUGGAAAUUGAAGCUACAAACGAAACCUUCGCCUCCAGAGUAUCGGUCAUAGAGAAAUGUAAAUAUUAUGUGCAUCCGGAGAAUCCUGAUUGGACGUGCUUUGAACAGAGCGCAUUACUUGACGUCAAGAAUUUCUUCGGUCUCGAAAACACCGUGGAGAAGAUAGCGAUGAAGCAAUACGCCGCGAAUAUUGCUAAAGGGAAGGAAUUGAUCGAGGUGUUCAUGAAAGAAGUGUACGAGACUGGCGUGAAGGAACUGCGACCGUGGAACGCAUCAGAGCCUGGAAAGAACCGCGAACUAAGACGGGUCGUGUCUCGUGGUACGGAGCCACUCUCGCCGCCACCCGUUGCUGAAACUAAGAAGCUUUCAAUACCAGAUCAAUAUACGCUCGACAGUGAAUACAUUAAACGUUAUCUGGGCGAGCUGACACCAAUGCAAGAGUCGCGGCUGUUGCAGCUGAGGAAGUGGAUCGCUGAUCUGCAGAAGGGAAAGUUCAAAAACCAGAUGCCAAGCGACACAACGCUGCUGCGAUUCCUGAGAGCUCGUGACUUCAGCGUGGAGAAGGCUCGGGAAAUGUUGUCACAGUCACUGCUCUGGCGGAAGAAGCACCAAGUAGACCGCAUCCUCUCCGAAUACGAGACGCCAGAGGUUGUCAAACAGUACUUCCCCGGUGGUUGGCACCAUCAUGACAAAGAUGGACGUCCGUUGUACAUUCUUCGACUCGGACAAAUGGAUGUUAAAGGAUUGUUAAAAUCGAUAGGUGAAGAUGGACUCUUAAAGUUGACACUUCACGUAUGUGAAGAAGGUUUAAAACUGUUAGAAGACGCGACCAGAUCAUCCGAGCACGCGAUCCAGUCCUGGUGUCUGCUCGUGGACCUGGACGGCUUGAACAUGAGACACCUCUGGAGGCCCGGGGUCAGGGCGCUGCUCCGCAUCAUACAGAUAGUUGAGGCGAAUUAUCCAGAGACGAUGGGAAGAGUGCUAAUUGUACGAGCACCUAGAGUAUUCCCAAUCCUAUGGACCAUUGUUAGCACUUUUAUUGAUGAAAAUACACGUAGCAAGUUCUUGUUCUACGGUGGCAAAGACUAUCUCCAAUCUGGAGGCUUGCUUGAUUACAUUCCCAAAGAUUUAAUACCGGACUUCCUCGGGGGACCUUGCAAGAGUUUCGUUCACGAAGGAGGUUUGGUACCGAAAAGUUUGUACGUAAGCGGAGCUUUCACGGAACGCGAUGGCGAUCCGUUGAGCGAAGACAGCAUCUAUAGAUCUGUGAGCCUAGGGAAGGGCCAGGUACACGAGGUUAUCGUUCAGAAUCGGGACCCGCAAAGCGUACUGACCUGGGACUUCGACGUGCUAAGUCACGAUAUAUCAUUCGCUGUUUACCGAAGCGAGCAGGAACUGGAUCGUCCCGACCAGGCAGCCGCGGCGGCGGGCGAGGAGCGGCGCUCGGUGCUGGAGGGCGCGGCGUGCGCGCGCGUGGAGGCGCCGCGCGUGUGCCACGACGGCGAGAGCAUCCAGGGCUCGCACGUCAUGGCCGACGCCGGCCUCUACGUGCUGCAGUGGCGCUGCGAGGCCGCCGACGCGCAGCUCAUGUACUUCCACGAGACGCUCGCCAGCCACCACUACCGGGGUUCGAUGUCCAGCCUGCAGUCCGCCACCAGCGGGUUCUCCUGCCUGAGCGGCAAGUCGGCCAUCAGCUCGUGCCCGUCGCGGUGAUGCGCCCCCCCGGCCCCGCCCGCGGCCCCGCUCCCCCCGCAGACGCCCUCCCCGCCGCUGCUGGACUAGUACUCGUCCGGAGCGGGGUCGCGACUGGCGUCGGUCCUCGGGGCUUUAGGGACGUUGCAUUUAGCGUUUUAAAAGUUUAAAAAGUAACGUUGCGAUGGGGCACUCGCUGCUUGUGAUAAACAAUUCGCGGGGCAUUCGGUCGUGUUAAUCCAGUCCCAUCCGUGAGUUUGUGGGUAGCUUAGUUCUCCGCGUCUAUCGAGAUCAAUUAUACAGCUAUAUUAAUUCGACAAUGAAAUAAAAAAAUAUGAUUUUGGACAAGACAUGAUUUUUGCACAAUUACCUUUAUGGUAUAUAAAUAAUUUCCUUCGUGAUAUUAUUUUCUUGUUACGAGAUAGCUAAUGAGUUGAGACACCAUUCACAUGAAAUAUAUUACAAUAAUAACUUAAGUUAAUACCACUUAAUAUUUAAGUUCAUUAUAAAAUCGUCCACGCUAUACAUUAUAUUUUUAUAUAAAACGAAUGAGCUAAUAAUAUAUACGUAUAAUUUUUUAAACCUCCAAACAAUUUGUGUGUCUGUUUAUUCAGUAUGAAUAUUAUAUGUCAUCCGUUUAUCAAUAGCUAUCAAAUUCUAAUGAAAUAUCAUAAUUAUAAUAUAAAUUAUAUAUUACAAAUUAAAAUUAACUAUUUUUGUUAAUAUUAAUACUUAUAAAUAAAUAAGGAAUAAAAAUAUGA